GGCCCUUGACUGUGUGACUGCAGACUCCUGGACUCUGAGUUUGGAGAACCUGAUCCUGAGCCUUCAGCACGAUGUCUUACCAACAGCAGCAGUGCAAGCAGCCCUGCCAGCCUCCUCCUGUGUGCCCACCCACAAAGUGCCCUGAGCCUUGUCCUCCCACAAAGUGCCCUGAGCCUUGUCCUCCCCCAAAGUGCCCUGAGCCUUGUCCUCCCCCAAAGUGCCCCGAGCCUUGUCCUCCUCCUCCACAGUGCCCAGAGCCAUGCCAGCAGAAAUGCCCUCCUGUGCAACCUCCUUCACCCUGCCAGCAGAAGUGCCCACCCAAGAGCAAGUGAGUGCUUCAGCAGUCACCAGGACCAAGAGAAGAGGAGGAAAUCUACCUCCCAUUCUUCCAUAGAAACACUUCCAUCUGUGCUUCAAAACCUGCCAUUGAUGCAGAAGAAUCCUCUUCAGCCUUCACCCUCUAUGUGUCUGUGAUGACCCCUGAUAGGAAGAGUAUUCUUCUCAGAUUGUUCUUCUGCUAGAAGGGGAGGCUGAGAAUGGUCAUUCCUCACUGGUUCAGUGUCCCAGAUGCUCAGUGAUGAGCAGCAUCUUCCCACCCUGUGCACUCAGAGAAUGUUUC